ACUUUCACCAGAAAGUGAAAAAAAAUACCUUCAAAAUAAAAUAAAAUAAAAUAAAAUAAAAUAAACAAAGAAAAAUAAAAGAUGGGUUCUAAGGCGAUCCAGGUUGCAUGGAUGGUGGUUUGUGUAGUGUAUGUAUUUGGAAGAGUCGAUGCCGCUGAAUUUAACGUCAAAACAUAUGGAGUCAAAGGUGAUGGUACAUCCGACGAUAGCGAGGCAAUUCUUAAAGCAUGGGCAGACGCAUGCAAAGCAACAGAUAAAAGCACUCUUGUAGUUCCUGCAGGAAAGUACAUGGUAGGUCCCAUGAAGUUGAUGGGCCCAUGUGGGAAUCCCAUAACUUUUCAAGCCGAUGGUGCAACAUUUAUUGCACCAACCGAUCUCACAAGGUUUAAAGGACAAGAUGGGUGGAUCCUUUUCUAUGGCAUUGAAGGUCUCACUAUCUCCGGUGGUACUCUCGACGGUAAGGGACAAGACGCUUGGAAAGCAAACAACUGCAAGAAGAGUUUCAGCGGAAAUUGCAAAUUCCUCCCCAUUAACUUGAAUUUGGGAGGAUUGACAAACGCGGAAGUGAAAGGUGUAACUUCUUUGGACAGCAAAUUUUUCCACGUGAACGUCAUCCAGGGUAAGAACGUGACCCUUAGUGACAUCACCAUCACGGCACCGGCCGACAGCGCGAACACUGACGGCAUCCACAUCGGUCGCUCUGACGGAGUUUCAA